AUGCUUCGUGCUCACACAGCUCAAAGCAACACACACCUGGGCAUCUUUGCCGUGCUCCUGGAUUGUUUCUGCGUUUUUAUUGCCCCAGCUGCUGUGAUAUCCCUCGAUGUGUUGUUCAAAAGCAAUGAAUUCUUCGCCAAAGUUCUUCCAUUUCUUGGAUAUCCAACGAUUCUCUACACUCUACUUGCAGUUGUGACAAUCGGAACCUCCUUUCUCACCAGGAACGGCUUGCUGUUCCAGAUCCGAUUCGUUCACAAUGAGCAAGUUCCUCCAGCAAAUCCCAUCCAUCCAAAUCGAGCUUAA